AUGAUAGCGGGGAACACGAUGGUCCAUUUCCGCCGAGGGGAAUACCGCCCCGCCCAGGACGACUGCGGCCAGCCGACGGCCAGCGGGGAGACCGGGAAGCUGGACCGGAUGGCCCUCUACGCCUACCAUCGCUUCUCCACGUCGAAUGACACCGCAGCCGUCGCGGAUUGCUUUGGGGCGGUACGGGAUUCAGAAACUUAG